AUGUCUGACGAAGAGACUACUGCUUUAGUUGUGGACAAUGGCUCCGGAAACGUUAAGGCAGGAUUCGCCGGAGAUGACGCACCCAGGUGUGUUUUCCCAAGUAUUGUCGGCAGACCUAAAAAUCCAGCACUCAUGGUCGGAAUGGACGAAAAGGAUACCUAUGUAGGAGAUGAAGCACAGUCGAAAAGGGGAAUUUUGACACUUAAAUACCCAAUUGAACACGGUAUCGUCACUAAUUGGGAAGAUAUGGAAAAAAUCUGGCAUCACACAUUCUAUAAUGAACUCAGAAUUGCCCCAGAAGAACACCCAGUUCUCUUGACAGAAGCUCCCAUGAACCCCAAGGCCAAUCGUGAGAAAAUGACCACUAUCAUGUUCGAAACCCAUAAUGUACCAGCCAUGUAUGUAGCAAUCCAAGCAGUGUUGUCCCUAUACUCCUCUGGAAGAACUACAGGUAUAGUGCUCGACUCAGGAGAUGGUGUUACACACACUGUGCCCAUUUACGAAGGUUACGCACUCCCUCACGCAAUCAUGAGACUCGAUUUGGCCGGAAGGGACCUGACUGAGUUCAUGCAGAAGAUCUUGGUGGAACGCGGAUUCUCAUUCACCACUACAGCCGAGAAGGAAAUCGUGCGUGACAUCAAGGAGAAGCUGUGUUACAUUGCACUGGAUUUCGACGACGAAAUGACCACCUCAUCAUCAUCAUCCGAGGUUGAAAAGUCAUACGAGCUCCCAGACGGCAACAUCAUAACAGUUGGAAACGAGAGGUUCAGGUGCCCAGAAGUUCUGUUCCAGCCUACCUUCAUUGGCAUGGAGGCACCAGGAAUCCACACAACCACAUACAACUCAAUUGUUAGAUGUGACGUCGACAUCAGGAAGGAUCUUUAUGCCAAUGUGGUAUUGUCAGGAGGCACCACGAUGUUCGAAGGCAUAGGCCAGAGGAUGACCAAAGAGCUCAACGCACUGGUACCAUCAACCAUGAAAAUCAAGGUCGUAGCGCCACCAGAACGCAAGUACUCAGUCUGGAUCGGUGGCUCAAUCCUGUCCUCGUUGUCCACAUUCCAGCAAAUGUGGAUCACGAAGGAAGAGUUCGACGAAAGUGGCCCCAAUAUUGUACACCGUAAAUGCUUUUAA